AAUAAUUUGUUCCCGAGGCCUUCAAGCACCCUCUCAACGCAAUACACAUACCAUAUAUCUGCAUUCUUCCCCAUUAACUCCUAUGCACAUUUAUAUCUUAGUUUAGGGUUUCUUGGGAUCACCACCACAAAAUCUUCUCUACCGCAAAGCCACCCUAAUUCCAAAUAAUUAAUUUCAUUUGAUUAAUCGGGAAAUUAUUAUUUUUUAUUUUCCGAUUAGUUCAUGCCAAUGGAUUCCGGAAAUGAAAUGACGGCGGUCAUGUUAACGUCGGGCGCAAGCGGCCGCAUCAACGCGCUGAUUUCUUUACGCGCGUGGAGGAGUUUUCUGACGUUACUCAAUGCGUUUCUGUUGAUUUUCCUGUUCCCAUUCCGUGGCCGGAGGAAAUCGCCGGUGACGCCGCCGGUAUCUCCGGAGAAACCGGGUGGUAAUAAAGGCUUGCCGGCAGUUAGGGUUCCAACGAAUAUUGUGCCCUGGAAGAGCUGGUCGACGGAGGUGGCGGCGCGGCGUUCCCUAGCUAUCCGGAGGGUUACGCAGGAGAGCGCUGCGUUAGAGGGAGAGUCGGCGAGGGAGUUUUGUUUUUUUGGGACGCCACGUGGCGAGACAUUGUUUACGCAAAAGUGGGCGCCUGUAUUGACCGAAGCUAGGGGACUGGUUGUUCUUUUACAUGGUCUUAAUGAGCACAGUGGAAGAUAUAGUGAUUUUGCAAAGAAACUAAAUGCAAAUGGAUAUAAAGUUUAUGGAAUGGAUUGGAUUGGGCACGGUGGGAGUGAUGGACUGCAUGCAUAUGUUCACUCUUUGGAUGAUGCGGUUACAGAUGUGAAAUCAUUUAUUGGAAAGGUAUUAGCUGAUAACCCAGGGCUUCCAUUGUUUUGCUUUGGACACUCAACAGGUGCAGCCAUUCUUCUCAAGGCUGUACUUGAUCCUAAGAUUGGAAGCCGUGUAGAUGGUGUUGUGGUGACAUCACCUGCUGUAGGUGUUCAACCUUCGCAUCCAAUAUUGCGGGAUGUUUACUGCAAAUUGGAUCCCAACCUACGUUACCCGGACUCUUCAUUUUGCCUCGAGUACCCGUGUCGGACAUUCGACACUCGGACAUGGGUUGUGGCACCAAUUUUUUCUGUACUCUUACCAACAUAUCAAUUUGGUGCCGCAAAUAAGCAGGGUACUGUUGUUUCUCGUGAUCCAGCGGCACUGCUGGCUAAGUACUCAGAUCCAUUAGUUUAUACAGGAUCAAUUAGGGUACGGACAGGCUACGAGAUCCUUCGCAUAUCAGCUUACUUACAGCAGAAUCUUGAAAAACUGACAGUGCCAUUCCUAGUACUCCAUGGCUCUGCAGAUGCAAUAACUGAUCCAGUAGCUUCCCAGAGACUGUACAAGGAGGCGUCCUCGGCUGACAAAAGUAUCAAACUGUUUCCUGGGCUCCUGCACGAUUUGCUCUUUGAACCUGAACGAGAAGAGAUUAUGCUAGCCAUCAUUGAAUGGUUGAACAAGAGGGUGCAAUAUCUUAGGCAUUGCAUUAUAAGUAGUAAGGUUGUUUCACCGAAGACCAUUUGAUUUGCAUUCUUAAUUAUAUUUCCAAAGUCACCCCUAGAGGCCUUGAGACGAAGUGGGGGAGCUGGGUUUCGUUACUUAAUAAAUUAUGACUACAUUUAUAUAGACGUUUAAGAACCUGACUUGAGGUUCUAUUUUGAGUUGUAAAACAUGAAUGCAGUCUUUCAUGAUUCCUUGUACUUUUGGAAGGUUUAGUGUGCUAGAAGUGCAAUGCCUGUUCAUCGGCAAUUUAUACUGAA